GAGAGAGUGAGUGUGUGUUAGGGAGGGAGAGGGCGAGCGAGACUUGCCGUGAUUUGUUUAGUGAUGAAAGCCAAUAGAAAGUCUGCUGGGUGAUAACAUCCACAUGCAGGUGACGGAAAGGAGCCAGAACACAGAGACCCUAACACAGCAAUACAGAGACACAGAGAGAGACCCUAACCCCAGGAACUCCGGCUGUCUGUGGGCAUCCAUACAGCUACUUCACCAGGACCCCGAAGAGAGCAGCGGACUGAUCAGGGUACAGACCAGCUAACAGACCGGCUAACAGACCAGCUAACAGACCAGCUAACAGACCAGCAUAGAAACUAUCAUCUGACAGAACAGCUGAAAAACCUCCGAACUGACCACCAAAAAAGAGGACCCAACAGAUGAGUGGACUGACCAGCGAAUAGACCACCUCAACUCCUGACCUCUGUCUCUGCUGGAAUACUUACCUAACCCUAACGCAGAGACAGACUGGGACGCAGAGAGAGAGGACGCUUUGGACACCCGAAACAAGAGGAUGUACAGGCAGUUUGUUCUGUCGGUCCUGCUUGCAGGAAUCCUGUGUGCGGUGGGCGGCGACACCCGCAAGACCCGCCUCCAAGGCGCCAUCCCCUCCCCCUUCAAGGGGAACGGCAACACCUCUGACAAACGCACCCGCAAACAGGAAAUACUUGCCUCCAGCCAGGAAGCUCUCGUCGUCACAGAGAGGAAGUACCUGAAGAGUGACUGGUGCAAGACCCAGCCGCUGCGCCAGACGGUGAGCGAGGAGGGCUGUCUCAGUCGUACCGUCGUCAACAGGUUCUGCUACGGCCAGUGUAACUCCUUCUAUAUCCCACGACACGUUAAGAAGGAGCAGGAGUCUUUCCAGUCCUGCGCUUUCUGCCGGCCGCAGCGGUUCACCACGCUAACCAUAGAGCUGGACUGUCCCGACCUCCAGCCGCCCUUCAGGCACCGCAAGAUCCAGAGGGUCAAACAGUGCCGCUGUGUAUCGGUCUCCGUCAGUGACUCUGGGAAGCAGUGAUCACUCUGUAUCCCUGCUGCCUCCAUCCCUUUAUCUUGGGACAAUCCCUAGAUACUGGCCAGAUAUUCCUCUCACCUCGCAGGAGACAGUUUGUACAAGACUUGAGUACAUGAGGGUGAGAACAUGCAUUUUAUUGACGACUCAUAGAAUGAGUAUCUAAAACCUGAAAAGGCCUACGCUUUAGAAGUACUGAGCAUGACAGACAUUACUAUGGAGCAGCUCUGUGCUAAAUCACACCAAGCACUCUACAUGAGACAAACUGUCAUUUCUACAACCCAGGCCGAAAAACCCCAUGACUAUAUACUCUGUAGUUCAAAGAUGGUGGAUAAAUUAAGAUGUCGUACUCGGGCGGUUUACCAUUGGAAAAAAAUUGUCCCAGUUCCAGUCUACUUAACUGGGUGUGUCUCCCAUAGACACCAAUGCAAUAGCAGCUGGGACUGGUUCCAGUCUACUUAACUGGGUGUGUCUCCCAUAGACGCCAAUGCGAUAGCAGCUGGGACUGCUCUGCUUAGUUCAUUGACUGUAUAUGAACCAGAAAAAAAAAGGAGAGACGUCUCGCUUCCUCUUCUGUCUCUGCAGAAACAGACUUACCUGGACCACAGGUCUCCUUCCUCAGCCUGUCAGUGAUGUGGGUCGUAUUCAAAUGGAAGAAAACUGACUGAAAUCAAGGGACUUGUCCAAUAGAAAAUGCUAAUGUUCAACUGCAAAACGUUUUGCUGAGGUGUGGCCUAAUGAAUAUGACCAUAAUUCCACAGAGGGACUCUGGUAGACAGGUUGUUGACUACAGGCUGACUGGGUUGGUAGAAGGGUUACCGCAGCAACAGUCUACCUGGGGUUCCACAGGCACGGGUUACCGCAGCAACAGUCUACCCGAGGUUCCACAGGCACGGGUUACCGCAGCAACAGUCUACCUGGGGUUCCACAGGCACGGGUUACCGCAGCAACAGUCUACCUGGGGUUCCACAGGCACGGGUUACCGCAGCAACAGUCUACCU